CCAUCGCGCGCAUCGCCAGGUCCUGCCGUUUCGAUAUCUAGAAGUCGGAAUUGAGAUCCUGUUGGAUUUUUUUGUCCGUGCCUGUCCGGUUCGCUCGACAACCGUCGGCCACUUCCCCACCCGCCAAGACCUCCGCCCUCUCGCUCGAUCACCUGUCUUCCACGAUCCACCAUGUCCUUCCAUCCUCAGACUCCCCAAAGUCCCUCGCAGUUCUCUCCGAGCAAUACAGAUCCAUCAAUCAGCAUGACGAGUUCGAUGGCGUCGGUCACGACUCUGCCGACGCCGGCGCAUAGUGUCAACGGAAGCUCGAUGCCAUCGGAAAUGGCCCACGACAUGGCGAUGUCGGACGAGUCGCCACAGAAGCGCAAGCGCCCACUAGAGGAUUUGGGAGAUCGAGAGCACAAGAAAGUACACGUCGAGGACCGCAGACUCGGUAUUGAAAACCUUCACUUGGAUGUCGGCGAAAAAUACCUACUUUGCAGAACUCCACACCGACCGUCGCGGCCACAACUAUCCGAAGAUCUCUUUGAGAGGUUUGGUUUGACGGGGCUUGCUGCUGAAGUCGCUCGUGUGCUGCCAAACGGCGAGAAGAAUGCAAUCAGGAAAACGUACAAGGGCCAUAUCAAGAGACUCGGCGUGAAUGGUCACUUCGAUUCCGUCAAGACAGAUGCCGACAGUCCCGACGGAUUCCUCGCCAUGGUGAAAUUCCCCGAGGAGGAAUGGUAUAUACACCACGUCAAGGGAAAGGAGAUUGAGAGUGGAUUCUCGUAUGACACUCGCGCCAAGAUACCCAGAGCCGUUUCCAUGUCCAAGGGCAUUGUUCCCAAGUCCGUCUGGGAUAGCUCGGUCCUUGGGGAGUUGGGUCCGGGGAAUGUUGGAAAGGGUGAUAAGCCGCCAUCAUUCUCAAAGGCGACGGCACCAAGCACCCCUGCUACCACUGCUGCAGCACCGGCCGCAGUCGGGAUACCGCGCACGAAGCCGCAGCCGUUGGGUGGUCAAGGGGGAGUCCGACCACAGCGGAGCGUCAAGAAGCGCAGCUAUGGCGAUAGCAGCUUCGAAGGCUACGGAGAGGGCUUUCCCGAUGACGACCACGGGGCCGAGACGGGCUACUCGACCGGUGAAGGCGAGAUGGCCGGCCCCGGCCUGAAGAGGAGAAAAAAGAACAACCCUGGUGGCCAGCCAUUCCCUCAAGCCCGCCAGCCAAGCUACGGGCCGGGCAUGGUAGGAGCCUGAGAAGCCGGCCGAAAAGCCACC